AUGGCGCGAAACUCAGAAAAGGCCCAGUCGAUGCUCUUCCGCUUCCGGGAGGCCCAGGCCGCGGACCUGGGCAUCAUCGACGCGGGCCGGACGCGGCGGCCCAAGCUCAUCACGGAGCAGGACUCGAUCCCGAACUGCGAGAAGUGGCGGGGCCAGGUGCUCAAGGAGAUCAGCCGCAAGGUGUCGCGCGUGCAGGACCCGGCCCUCAGCGACUACCAGAUCCGCGACGUCAACGACGAGAUCAACAAGCUCAUGCGCGAGAAGUACAUGUGGGAGGUGCAGAUCCGGAACCUGGGCGGGCCCAACUACAUGCGCGGCGGGGCCGGCGGCAAGAUGUACGACGAGCAGGGCAGAGAGAUACCGGGCGUGGGGAACAAGGGCUACAAGUACUUCGGCCGCGCGAGGGAGCUCCCGGGAGUCAAGGAGCUGUUCGAGGCGGCGGCCAAGGCGAGGGCCGACGGGAGGGAGGACGGGAAGCCGCUCGAGGCCAGGGACGACCUGCGCAAGAUCGUCGACGCCGCGUACUACGGCUACGCGCCCGGUGAGGAGGACGACGAGCUGCUGGCCUACGAGCAGGCUAAGGAGGCUGCAGCGUUUGAGAAUCUGGCCAAGACGGGGAAGAAGGACGUGCCGCCAACCUGGGAGCCGCUUCCCGGGGACACCGGCGACGGGAAGGCCUGGGAGCUGCCCACCGUCGAGGAGGUGCAGGAGGAGCUGAUAGAUCGCAGGCGGAGGAAACUGCUGGACCAAUUUUGA